AUGUCAUCCGAUCCGGAAGCGAUCCGGACUUUGGAGAACAUCAGGCGGAUCCGGGAACACAAGAAACUAUCCCGAGAUCCGAAUCCCCAAAGACGCCAGUCGAAGAUGUGGGAGCAAUUUUCGAUCCCAGACCCAAAAAAUCUACACUAGAAGCUGUAGAAACGAUUCCAGCAAGUCCGGAACAUCCGGAAACGCCUCAAGAAACUGCUGAAAACUUUAUGGCAGACGAAGCUAGUCCGGAAUUGGAAAAGCUAGCCGAAGAUAUGGACCGGAAAUCACCGAGUACUCCUGAAGCCCUAGGGGACGGCUUGACAUACGAGGCACACCCCGAAAAACCGGCAAUUCCGGAUUCAGAAAUUCCGGAAGGCCAUACAGCAGAAAACCUGAUGGAAGAGGAGGGGAAUCCGGAAUCGGAUAAUCGGUCAUCGAGGCCGCCGAAGCGCUUCCGGAAGGGAAAACGGAUCCGGAACACACGGCUUCCGGUUUUAUGGCACAAGAAGCUAAUCCGGAAGAAGCCAGGAUUUGAAGUGGUAGUCGAGCCGAAUGAAGACGACUUGGCCGCCAUGGAGAACGGGGUCGGGGCGUCGAAGAAUAACCUAUUAGUGCUCGGAACGGGGCCGAACAAGGUGGAGCCGGUGCCUGAAGAAAUGCCGGAAACCGAAGCGGAUGCUAUACUGGAGGACAUCGUCGAGUCACAGGCCGAAGAAGGUAAACCCGGACCCGACGUCCUUGCCGGAAUCGCUGAGCGUCAACUGGCGUUCCCGAGACUCGAAGAAGUCCCAAAAAUUGAUUCACCGGUUGAAAAGGACUACCAAAAAGAGCUGCCAAAGCUGGUGAUGAGCGCACAACAUCCAG